GCUUCAUUUGCUGCUAAAGAAGAAACCAAAAACCCAGAAACAUAUCUUCUCUUGCAAACAUGUUUAAAGCCAUAGCUCUAUUUGGGUUCAAGAAAUCAUCAAAGCCAUUCAAAGAUUACUACAAGUCAUGGUUCAAGACCCUCAAGAACGUUCUCCUCCCUCAACUACAUAACGCCAUGUCAUCAUCCUCGACCUCCAGUCCUAUCCUCUUAGCUUCCCACGUGGAAGUAAUUCACCGUCACUUCCUUAAUUACUACGAAACCCUAGACCUAGCCGCAUCAAACGACGUCGCUCAAGUCCUUUAUCCCGAUUGGCGAACCCCAUUUGAAAUACCCUUUCUUUGGCUCGGUGAUCUUCAUCCGUAUCUCUUCAUAAAUCUCCUCCGUUCAUUUAUUGGUGAUUCCGAAAAUGACCCGGAAGAUAUGUUCGACCCGGAAAAGCAAAAUUGGCAUGUGGUAAUGGCGUGGAAGAGCCCCGGAAAGAGAUUGACGAACCGGGUCGAUCAGAUUGAGUGCGGGUUGAGGCUAAUGGUACCCGCACUGGCGGCGCGUGCACGUGAAGCGCAGGCGGCGUUUGUCAAGAAAGUCGCGGCUGAAUGGGGCAAUCAGAGGGUGGAGAUGAAUGGGGUUGUGGCAGAAGCGGCGGCGCGUGAAAGACACGCGCACGAUAAAGUAGCUCGUGAAGGCAGGAACAAGGAAAAGGAAGGGGGUGUGGCAGAAGAGGCGGCGCGUGGAAUUCACGCGCGUGAUGAGGUGGCGCGUGAAGGUUGGAGGAAGGAGGACAUGAGAGGGGUGGUGGUGGAAGCGGCGCGUGUUGAGAUGGAAGAGCUUGUUGGUGUUUUUGUGGAUGCGAAUAGGUUGCGAAGGAGUGUACUUUCGGAUAUAUUGAGUGUGACGGAUGUGUAUCAGGCUGCAGUGUUUCUUGAAGCGUUGGCUCAAUUUCUUGUUGGGUUUAGGAAUAGGGAAUUGCUCAGUCAGUUUGACAAGUCUUCUUUGGAGUUAUAGUGUGCUUGGGAUUGCAGAAGAAGAAGUCAGUGCACAGAUUAUGUAGAGUUCUAAUUUUGUGCAUUGCUCUAACUUAAGUCAAUGAUCUUGACUAAUUUCUACAAAUAGUUGAUAGUAGUUGCUUUCUGAUUCUUGAAAGUAUGAGGAAGAUAAGAUUACUGUAUUAACUAGCUAAUGUUUCAUUUUCGUAGCUCUUUGUUCUUUUUUUGUUUGUUUAGUUUGUGAUUUGGAAGUUAUAUUGUUGAGCUUGUGGACAAUUGUAAGGAAAAGCUGAUAUUCAUAGUGAUUUUGGAGGCAAUAGCAUAGUAGCAUAGUCUGGACAAUAGCUAAAAGUGCUAUUUUUGUGACUUUA